AUGUUAAUUGCCCACUCGAGUCUCAACUGGGCGGGUGGAACCACAAGCUCGAAUGUAUCGUGUGCUUUAAAUUUGUGUGCACAAUUUAUUACAAGUGUUCUAUGUGAAUCGUCUCUUAUCCACCUGAUUUUGAUAAGCGGAGAACGAUAUUUAGCCAUGAAGCACGCUUACGCGUACAGCAACGGACUCGUCACAGAGGUACGUUUACUGGUUAGCUCAGGUCUGGCGUGGCUCCUUUCUCUGAUCCUGCACAUUCCUCUUUUUGUUCAUAGAUCAGUUUUUUAUGCCACAAACAUCAUUUUUAUGUGCAUUUCUCUCGCUAUCAUAAUUUUCUGUCAUGUAACUGUCUACCGCGAGGUUUGCAGACAUCAAAAGACACUUUCAACUCAACAAGUUACGGAAGAAGCAAGGCGGAAAUUUCUGAAAGACAAGAAGGUUUUCAAACUGACAGCUACAAUCGUUAUAGUGCUAUUUUUCUGUUACUUGCCAGUAACCGUUUUUAGAUUUGUUUUGAGCCAGUCAGGUUUCAUGUCUUUAAAAGCAGGUUUCAUCUUCGCAUCCUUUUCUUUGUCUUUUGCAAUAUAUAAUUCAUUCCUUAACCCGCUAAUUUACGCCAUUAGGAAACGACAAUUUCGCGUAGCUUUCAUCGAAUUAUUGCGCAGAAAUACAAACUUAGCUGAAGCUCAGGAAAUUGAGAAGAAAGUUUUUGGAUCGCCAAAUGCUGUAGGAGUUAGUAAUGGACAGAGGAAAAAAACAGGAAGAAGAAAUUCAAAGCGAAGGACGGCAAAUCUCAAACUUGAACUUGUAAUAAUAUUUUCCUACUUUCCGUGA